CAGAAGAAUCAUCCCCAAUUAGCAUAAAAAAAACAAGAGCUGAACUUCCAGUACAUCGUCACCAACUCACCGUCUCUUUCCUAAUCUUCCUUUCACAGGCUCAAGUCUUUGGAGGUUAGCCCUGCUGCAAGCAAAGCCAUGGCUUUCAAACAGAUGGUGCAUAUGAAUCAAGGACAAGGCCAAACUAGCUACGCUCACAACUCCAGUUUUCAGAGUGCUGAGCAGAACAGGAUGAAGCCCCUGAUAGAAGCAGCGACCAUCGAAUUAUGCAGCAACACCACCACCUUGUCGCCCGGCAAGAUGGUGAUUGCGGACUUGGGCUGCUCCUCUGGCCCAAACGCAGUAGCACUGGUGUCAAUUGCUCUUGAGGCCACCCGCAGCCACUUUCUUCAGUUGCAGCAGCCACCUCCGGAAGUCUGUGUAGUCCUCAAUGAUCUCCCAUACAAUGACUUCAAUGCGGUGGUGAAAAGCCUGGUUGCGGUCCGGCAAAUCGGCGAGCCUGUUGUUGUAACUGGUGUUGUACCAGGGUCAUUCUAUGAGAGGCUCUUCCCUAGUGGCUCCGUGCAUCUUUUCUGUUCAUCCAACGGCCUUCAUUGGCUCUCAAAGGCUCCUGAAGAUUUAAGGAUAAACCAAAUCCCAGCAUAUGACAUUGAUGAGAAUGUCAGGCGUGAAAGACUCCCAAUGGUCACUGGAGCUUAUGCACGGCAAUUCAGGAAAGAUUUCACACUUUUCCUGCAGCUGAGAGCCAAAGAAUUGGUCCCAGAAGGCCGGAUGGUUGUUUCCCUCCCGGGGAGGCGUUCUGAUGAGCCCGUCAACGAGAGCUCUCUCGUCUGGGGAACUGCAGUUCAGAUUUUAGGCGCCAUGGCCUCAGAGGGUGUUAUUGACAAAGAAAGGCUUGAUUCUUUGUACAUACCGGUGCAUGGACCUUCCGAUGAAGAGCUGAGAGAGAUCAUCCAAGAAGAGGGCUCCUUCUCAGUCACAGAGAUGCGGGUGCACGACCCUAUAAGCGGCAUGGACAGGGCGCUCCUCACCCCAAACAGGAUGGUGAAUAGCCUGAGAGCUGCUUUCGAGCCGAUAAUAGUCCAGCAUUUUGGAUCGCACGGAGAGAUCAUGGAUGAAUUCGUGAGGACCGGCGAGAAGCACUUGAGCCUACAGCGCAGAUCACAGGUUAAACACACCAGAAACCCGAGAGUUAUGCUGGUUGUAUCACUCACCAAGGCAUGACAUGACAACUGAAGUGUUGCUGCUGCUAGCCUGUAUCCCUCACCAAUUUGUGUCAUGUCUGUAAAGUUCAACAUCAAACUUAAUCGGAUUUGUGAGAGACGAAAAA